UCAAACCAACAGAUCACAGGUUUCUAUCAUAUCAUAGGUUAUGCAUCAUUAACUAUGGAUUUCGACAAAAUUUUAGAGGCACUUGGUGUAUUUGGUCGAUAUCAAAAGAAACUGUAUUUCCUUAUAUGUAUUUCGUCAGGAUUCGUUGGAUUUUUUGCAGUAAUAUCAGCAAUUCUUCUCGCUGCACCGGAACACAGAUGUAAGAUACCAGGUUACGAUAAUGAUACAUAUCGUAUUCAAAGUGACAGCCAUCUUGCGCUCAUCAACAGUUAUAUACCACCAUCGUCGGAUGAGACCCAUAAAUAUGACCAGUGCCACCUAUAUGCAUUCAACUUCACAGCAGUCACGUUCGAUAACUCUAGUCAUCCGAUAAAUGCCACAAAAGUGCAGUGUAGUGAGUGGGUUUAUAGUGAUGAAGUUUUCAAGGAAACGUUUACGUCAAAGCAUAACCUCGUCUGCGGGGACUCCAGUAAACCGUCUUUGGCAAAGUCUUUUUUCUUUGUCGGAAUUCUGAUAGGAGCAUUCUUCUUCGGCAACUUGUCUGACGGUAUCGGACGGAAGAAGACAUUCUAUUUGGCGGUGAUCCUCAUGCUGGCCUCAACUCUGGCACUGGCGUUCAGUCCUAACUAUGCGGCUUUCAUCGUGUUCAUGACUAUGAUAGGGGCGACAACUCAGGGAGUUUUUCUCGUUGGCUUUGUGAUAGGUAUGGAGCUGGUAGGUCCCUCAAGGAGGACAUUUGCAGGCAUCGUCAGCGAGUAUUUUUUCGCACUGGGAUUGGUGAUUCUGUCUGGAAUAGCAUACUUUAUUCGUCACUGGAAAUAUAUAGAGAUAGCGUGUGCUGCUCCUUUCAGCAUUAUACUCAUAUAUUGGUGGUUAUUGCCGGAAUCGCCAAGAUGGCUGAUUACAAAGCGCAGAUAUGAGGAAGCUAAAGUCAUCCUACGAAAAGCAGCCAAAGUGAACCGUGUGGUCUUAACCGACGAUGUUCUAAAAGUCAAAGAAAAAGAAGUUGAUGUACCUAAAGAUGGAAAAAUCUGGCAGCUGUUUACUUCACGGGUUCUCUUAUUGCGAACUUUAGUAAUCUUUAUAAACUGGUGUAUGGUGACAAUGGCCUACUAUGGUUUGUCCCUAAACUCCGGUAACCUGGGAGGCAACUACUACCUGAACUUCUUCCUGUCUGGCCUAGUGGAGUUUCCGGCCUAUACACUGGUCAUACUCUUAGUGGACAGGGUUGGACGGAAGUGGCUACAUUGCAUCAGCAUGAUCGUUGGAGGAGUGUUCUGUCUUAGCACCAUAUUCACUAUUCUGUAUCUAGAUGAAAAAUAUCAGGCCGUUACCACUGCCUUAGCUAUGUUGGGAAAACUUGGAGCAGCAGCCGCUUUCGCUAUCAUAUACAUGUACUCUGCCGAGCUAUUCCCAACGGUGGUGCGUAACGCUGGUAUGGGGGCAAGCUCUUGUAUAGCCAGGUUAGGAGCAAUUGCAGCCCCAUUCAUUGCUGAUUCGGGGGAUAAAAUCGGGGGUAAAAUGGGAAAAGCCUUCCCAUUGAUGGUGUUCGGAAUAGCAACAAUUGUGGCGGGAGUCCUUGCUUUGCAUUUACCGGAAACACUAAAUCAGGACCUGCCGGAAACUCUUGAAGAUGGUAUUUUGUUCGGAACGCCUGCUUACAAAGCCAGGAAAAAAGACGAACUUGCCUUGGCUAGCAUCAAUAACGCCUACACACCCGACGAAGAAACAGUCACAACUAAUGGAGAAAUCGUAUCUAAGCUAUAGAUAGUCUAUACACGUAUAAAUACAUUGUACAGUGUAUGUUUUGCAAUGGAUGUUGUAUUCUAGGUUUUAGUCAUAUUUUUGAUAUUUUCUAUUCCGAGUGCUGAUCCAGCUCCAUUCAUAUUACCAUUUAUAUUUAAUUUACAUAUUACUUCCAUGCUGUAGAGCUCUUUUUGUUGUAUUGUUUCAUUAUAGACUUGCAUACCGAAUAAAAACAAAUGUGUGGCGAUAAAUUGGCUCAAUGUUUAGUGACUGUAGUUCUUUCAUUUAAUUUACAGUCUUUAUGAAGAUAAUGCUAAUUGAAAAUUCCAAUCAAUAAUUACAUUUCGUGGAAUUCUUUGUAUGAAUAACACAUUAUAUAAGUAAAGGUGGGCGGAAGAAAAACAUAGUCCGCAAAAAUGACAAUAUAUUAAAAAUAUAUGUAUUGUAAUCCGCCACUCGAAACAGCAUGGGUAAUAUUCACAUAUAUAAUAAUAAUAGAA